CGCGGACCAAGGAAGGGGGAGCCUUGAAACGGCGCAAAAGUGAAUGUGGAGAUUUGCACAAAGAGAGACGCGGCGCAGUCGAGACGGCGACAGGGAAGAGCGGAAAGGAGUCGAGCAAAGAAAAGAAAAAGAAAAAGAAAAAGAAAAGUGACGGCAAGAAAAGACAAGAAGACAAAACGCAAGACAGGCGCCGGGGUCCGUCCGCUCAGCUCAGCUCGUCUGCCGCUCACCAUACGCCCCCCCCCCCGUCCCGGACCCUCGGUCAGCCAUGCGGGCGCCCGGCCGACUCGCGAUGCCACCGCCGCCUCUGCCUCUGCUGCUGCUGCUGCUGUUGUUGUUGCUGCCGCCCCUGCUGCUCCACGGCCAGCCGCCCGGCGACAGGGGCAUCUCGGUGCCCGAGCACGGCUUCUGCCAGCCCAUCUCCAUCCCGCUGUGCACGGACAUCGCCUACAACCAGACCAUCAUGCCCAACCUGGUGGGCCACACGAACCAGGAGGACGCGGGGCUGGAGGUGCACCAGUUCUACCCGCUGGUCAAGGUGCAGUGCUCGCCCGAGCUCAAGUUCUUCCUGUGCUCCAUGUACGCCCCGGUGUGCACCGUCCUGGAGCAGGCCAUCCCGCCGUGUCGCUCCAUCUGCGAGCGGGCCAAGCAGGGCUGCGAGGCGCUCAUGAACAAGUUUGGCUUCCAGUGGCCCGAGCGGCUGCGCUGCGAGAACUUCCCGGUGCACGGGGCCGAGCAGAUCUGCGUGGGACAGAACCACUCGCAACAGGGCCGGCCCACCCUCUACCCGCCCACGCUGCCCGCACACGACCCGGAGAUGGGCACGCCUGGAGUGCACCGGCCCCCCUCGCUGGACCAGGCCUUCCACUGCCCCUGGGUGCUCAAGGUGCCCCCCUACCUGAACUACAAGUUCCUGGGUGAGAAGGACUGCGCCGCCCCCUGUGAGCCCUCCAGGAGCAAUGGCUACAUGUUCUUCAGCCACGACGAGAUCAAGUUCGCCCGCAUCUGGAUCCUCAUCUGGUCCUCGCUGUGCUGCGCGUCCACGUUGUUCACGGUGACCACCUACCUGGUGGACAUGCAGAGGUUCCGCUACCCGGAGCGGCCCAUCAUCUUCCUCUCGGGCUGCUACACCAUGGUGUCCAUCGCCUACAUCGCCGGCUUCAUCCUGGACGACAAGGUGGUGUGCAACGAGCGCUUCUCGGAGGACGGCUACAAGACGGUGGUGCAGGGGACCAAGAAGGAGGGCUGCACCAUCCUCUUCAUGAUGCUCUACUUCUUCAGCAUGGCCAGCUCCAUCUGGUGGGUCAUUCUGUCCCUCACCUGGUUUCUAGCAGCGGGCAUGAAGUGGGGCCACGAAGCCAUCGAGUCCAACUCCCAGUACUUCCACCUGGCGGCUUGGGCGGUGCCAGCGGUGAAGACCAUAACCAUCCUGGCCCUGGGGCAGAUCGACGGCGACCUGCUGAGUGGGGUGUGCUUCGUGGGGCUGCAGAGCGUGGACCCCCUGCGCGGCUUCGUCCUGGCGCCCCUCUUCGUCUACCUCUUCAUCGGCACCUCCUUCUUGCUGGCCGGGUUCGUGUCGCUCUUCCGUAUCCGCACCAUCAUGAAGCACGACGGCACCAAGACCGAGAAGCUGGAGAAGCUGAUGGUGCGCAUCGGGGUGUUCAGCGUGCUCUACACCGUGCCCGCCACCAUCGUCAUCGCCUGCUUCUUCUACGAGCAGGCCUUCCGCCAGCACUGGGAACGCAGCUGGGUGAGCCACAACUGCAAGAGCUUGGCCAUCCCGUGCCCGCACCAGUACACCCCCAGGAUGAGCCCCGACUUCACCGUCUACAUGAUCAAGUACCUCAUGACGCUCAUUGUUGGCAUCACGUCAGGCUUCUGGAUCUGGUCCGGCAAAACUCUGCAAUCCUGGCGCAAGUUCUACACCCGGCUGACCAACAGCAGGCACGGAGAAACCACAGUGUGACGGCGGAUGGACGGCUCGCCGGCUCUGAGGGCUCCAGUUCAUUCCCAUUUAGAGGGGCACCUUGCCACUCGCCAGGGGGUGUCCCGGCACACUUUAGGAGGCCUGAGGGCAGCCUCUGGACGGCUGUUGGUGGACACUCGGUGUUCUCUUCUCUUCCUAAACCCGCGUGGAGCCGCGACUCACGAGUACUGUGAGUUGCCUGGCUGGGGGGUCUCCUACUGACCCCUGCUACUUCAGAACUCUAUGCCCUGUGCCACCUGUGAAUGACUCGGGACUCGUCUGCUGGGUGGGCGGGCAGGCCGGGGUGAGGCCUUGUGAACAAAUGAAGUGGGGCCCAGAGUUGCCCCUCCUCGGGCCGAGUGCCCCUCUUUUACGAAUGUUUGUCUUUUGUAACUGCUCUCCUCAAAAUAUACGUCUAUUUUAAAUACGA